UUUGUUGUUGUUGCUGUUUGCAUUUCCGCUUCCGCUUUCGUUUUGGUUUUUAGCAUGUUGAUGACUUGAAUUAAAAAUGAGCCAUCGACCAAAAGUUGCUGAUCCAACAGAAUUACAAUGGCCUGUUGUUGAUAGUGACAAAGAGGAGGCAGUGUUAUAUGUUUUAGAAAAUGUGUUUUCAAAGUACAAGUCAUGCUUAAGGACAAUAAAGAAACCUCCAAAAUGGAAGAAGAAAAGUGAAGGGGAUAUAGAGGAUUGCUUGUCAAAAGAGGAAGAAAAACAAAAGAAAGAUUUCAAGUGUAUGUUUGUAAUGGGUGUACAGACAGUUAUGAGAAAUCUGGAGAGAGACAACUUGUCUAUGGUGUUGCUAUGGAAAGAUAUGCAACCUGCUGUGCUAAGGAAAGCUCUUUGCCACCUGCUCAAUGAGCAUGGUUGCCCAGCAAUGUGUGUGUCAGAUCUGCUGGUUCCUAUACAAAAGUCCUGGCCUGGCCUCACUUCAGCUGCCAGUCUUGGUGUUCUGAAAACUGAAGAGCCCAAUGAUUUCCAUGAGCUCAUUGAAAUAGUUAGAAAACAUGCACCACCACUGACAAAACUACAGGUGAAGGAAGACAAAGCCGUGAACAAACCAUUGACACAACCUACAGGAAACAUAGAUAAUAGUAGAAAAAUAACUGAUAAAGAUUUAAAAACUGAAAUUAAACUAGAUACUAUGUUUGCACAUACUGAGAAUGAAAAAUCUGGCAGUAAUUUGGAAAACCUAUCUGUUAGCCCAGCCAAGUACUACAUAUACAAACCUGAAACACAGGAAAGUAAAUCUUUCUCCGGACAAGAUUUUAUAGCGUUUGAUGAUAGGGCAGAGGGUAAAGGUCCAAGUGUUGAAACAAUAAAAGGUGUAAGAAUACAAACAAAAAGUAUAUACAUUCCAAGUAAAAAUCAAAUUAACUUUGGAAUAAGGCCAUCUCUUGUAGAUUCUGACAAGGACAAAAACAUGGAUUGUGAAAAUAUUCCUGAUAAAAGUGAUGUAAGAAAGGAAGACUUUAAAACAAAUGAUGGGAAGAGGAAAGCAUCAGAAAAUGAAAAUGAGACAAAUAGGGAAUAUAAAAAAAUAAAUGUAAAGAAAUUUCAGAAAAAUACACAGAAAAAGAGGAAAAGUAAGAAAAAUAAGAAAUAAAUUAACAUAACAUUGGCAGACACUCAAUUGUUGACUACUGAUCGAGUUGUAGUACUUUGAAACUAAAAUCUCUUUAAUUGUUUUGUUGUAAACUUCUUACAAACUCAGAUCAUGUUAUGUAAUUGCUACAAGCCAUAUGUGUUAAUACAUUGUGCAUGCCAUGUGGUUAUAGGAACAUUAAUAUUGAAUAAUUAAUGUGUCUGUUGAUAAUAAAAAAUAUGUGUCUGGUGAUAGAAAAUAAAAAAGAAAAGUUACAUGAUAAUAUUGACAUGAUAAACUGUAUGACUUUUUAGCUCACCUGUCACAAAGUGACAUGUUGUGCUUUUGUGAUCGCUUUUCGUCCGACUUCUGUCCGUAAACUUUUACUUUAAACAACAUCUCCUCAUAAACUGCUAAGCCAAUUUCAUCCAAACUUCACAGGAAUGUUCCUUAGGUACUCAACUUUUUUUCAAAUUUUUUCAAAGAAUUUAAUUACAAGCAGAACUCUUGUUGCCAUGGCAACCGAAAAUAAAAAACUUAAAAUAUCUUCUUUUAGAAAACAGAAAGACCUAGAGCUUAAAUAUUUUGCAUGAAACAUCAACUAGUCAGUGUUUACCAAGUUUGUUCAAAUAAAUGCCCUUGGGUUAAAAUUGGCCCUGCCCCGGGGGUCAUUUCCUUAUUUGUAUAUAGUAAAAACUUAAAAAAUCUUCUUAAAAACCCAAAUAGCUAGAGCUUAGAUAUUAAGAAUGAAACAUCUUCUAGUGGGUGUCUACCAAGAUUGGGCAAAUAAAAGCCCUUUGGCAAAAAUUGGCCCCGCCCCAGGGGAUCAUUGAUUUUCCUUAUUUCUAUAUAGUAAAAACUUAGUAAAUCUUCUUGUAAAUAACCAAAAUAGCUAGAGCUUAGAUAUAAAGCAUGAAACAGCUUCUAGUUGGUGUCUACUUAGUUUGUUCAAAUAAAAGCCCCUGGUUUAAGCUUGGCCUUGGCCCUGGGGCCUAUAUACAGGUGAGCGAUUUCAUUUUGUUGUUACUUUUUAAAAUGAAUAUUUUUGUUUCUCAUGUCUAUUGCUUUAUGUAUAAUUGUAUAUACAUCAAAACACCAACACAGAAGAUGUUGUUACAUGUAUUAAACAAACUUUUUAAAGCUGAAA